AUGGGUCUCCUCAACAUCCGAUCGCCGACGUCAUUGCGGACGGCCGUGACCGCCGCUGGCAAUUCGCCCAACGACUUUUCAAUAUCAACCACCGCACCCUUCACGGUCUUCGCAGGCGGAGAACAUGACUCUCACCCUUCCCUCCCCCAUCUCGUGCUCCUCGUUUUCGGGGCCGUUCUCGAGGUAGUAUGUGUCAGUUUGCCUGGAUACAUCAUCGCCAGGCUUGGCCACUUCGACGCCGAGAAGCAGAAGUUCUUGGCAAACCUUAACGUAAUGCUAUUUACGCCAUGCCUUAUCUUCACAAAGCUGGCAUCUCAACUUAACGCCGAUAAGCUGAUUGAGCUCGGCGUCAUCCCCAUCAUUUUCGUGAUCCAGACGUUUGUCUCGUACAUGGUCUCGGUUGGAGUCUCAAAAUGCUUCGGAUUCAACAAGCGCGCUUCCAACUUCGUCACCGCCAUGGGCGUGUUCGGCAACUCCAACUCGUUGCCCAUCUCCUUGGUCAUCUCGCUGUCGCAAACCUUGAAGGGACUGCACUGGGACCGGAUCCCUGGUGAUAACGAUGACGAGGUUGCCGCCCGCGGUAUUCUGUAUCUGAUGGUCUUCCAGCAGCUUGGCCAGCUCGUCCGCUGGAGCUGGGGAUUCCACAUUCUGCUUGCGCCCAAGUCCAAGUACGAAGAGUACAACCACGAGACGAUCGAAGAGGGCCGCUACCGUGACGAACCGUUGGAGGGCGACCAUGCCGCGCAACUCAUUCAAGGGCUGGAUAGCACCCACGAGACUGGCGAAGAACGUUACGCGCACGGUUAUGCGAGCCCGACAACGCAGUCCGACCACUCCGAAGUCUACGAGCCUGCAGGUCGUACUCCUGUUGCUGGGUCGUCAAGGACCUCUCCUAGUGAUUAUGGCGAUGACGACUCGGAUACUAUCCGGAAGCCCGGGAACGGCAAUACUGUCUCUGACCACGACGAUGGGCUCAACGGAAUGAUGUCAUUCCCCCGCAUCAGUAAUGCCGAUGAACGCGAAGUUUCUGAAGGCUUCCCGGCGCGCGUCAAGGCAUCGGCCAAGAAGGUUGCCGCUUCCGUCUCCGGUCUUGCUCAUACCGUGUUCUCUGCUCUUCCGACUCCCGUGCAGAAACUGCUCAGCAAGGUCUACAGCGGCCUGUACCGCUUCGGCGCUGGUCUCUGGGAGUUCAUGAACCCGCCUCUCUGGGCUAUGCUCGCGGCCGUCAUCGUGGCCUCGAUCCCGGAUCUUCAGGAACUCUUCUUCAAGGACGACACCUUUGUCAAGACCAGUAUCACCAGCGCCAUCAACUCUUCUGCCGGUGUUGCCGUUCCCUUGAUCUUGGUGGUGCUGGGUGCCAACCUGGCGCGCAACACGCAGAAGCGCGACGAGGUGGACGCUGAAGAGAAGCAGAUUGGCACCAAGCUGCUGGUUGCGUCUUUGAUCAGCCGCAUGCUCCUCCCGACUCUCAUCAUGGCGCCCAUUCUUGCCAUCUUCGCCAAGUAUGUGCCUGUCAGCAUUCUGGACGAUCCGAUCUUUGUUAUCGUCUGCUUCCUCCUCACGGGCGCGCCUAGCGCGUUGCAGCUGGCUCAGAUUUGCCAGAUCAACAACGUGUACGAGGUGGUCAUGGGCAAGAUUUUGUUCCAAAGCUACGUUAUCUGGAUCCUUCCUUCUACCCUUAUGUUGGUCAUGUGCGCUCUAGAGGUUGUCGAGUGGGCUGCUUAA